AUUCGGACUGAACUAAGCUGCAAACAGUAGUUUUCCAACAAAUGCCACUAAGCUUCUUACGCUAGAAAUCAUCCGAACGAGCCGAUCUAGCGUCGACCGCCUCCGCUUCAUCAACCAAUUGAAAAGAGCAAUAUCUAAUUGCUAUACAGCGACACAUUGAUUGCACUUCCCAUGCUGCAGCCUCUCUGCCAUAUAGCCAUAAAUAGAUACAGAGCAAAACCCAAGCACUGUUCCUCGUAUUGAAGAUUCACAAACUUUCACCGGCAUAUAGCUCCUUCUACAAGGUACUUCCUUUCAAGUCAUGGAAACGAGAAGGCGGCAAAGUAGAAUAAUGUUGCAACUUCGGUUUACCCAUCUGACAUAUGGAUUCCUCCUGAUCACAGCUGCCUCUAUCAGCUUGUCACGAUGCGAAGAAAGCUCCACAGAAAUUGUUAGGAUAAAUACCACUACCAUAGCUGCCACAGCCACCACCAACACCACGGGUGCCAAUAGAACUGUAAGCUCAGAAACGAUGAAGGACACCGACCUGCUGGAGGAAUUUGAAACCGUUCUCGCUAACUACGUUAAUGAUGCCCUGGAUCGAAAUUACAAUGACAUAUUAGCUGGAAUUUCCCCCAGCUACGCGGGUAACGUAUCAGCUGCGGCCCGGAAGGCGGACGACAGCAUUCUAAACCAGCCAGGGCUGUCCGCGUUUGAUCGGAAAAUUGUUCGGGGACUAGCUCGAUUCAUCGACCAACGAAUUUUCAGCAAGGAGAAAAUGAGUCGAGCCAUCGAAAGUGGGAGACUGUUCUUCUUCAAAGGACUGAAGAAAAUCGUCUGGCCUCUGUUGUUCGGUCUACAGGUCGUGAAAACUGUCCUUCUAGUGCUUUUCCUGCCUAGCAUCAUAGGAUCGUUUGGUAAAAUCCUCGGCAAAGGCCUAUCUUCGGUGUCUGUCCUGUCGAAUCAGCCAACGACGGUGGAGGACUUGGACUUUAAGGAUAAUUCCUACAACUCGGAUCAGGACUUCCACAUGAACAUGGAAAACAAUGCCUAUUUGCCACCAUUGGAUGCCCAACCGGCCGGGACGAGCUACAACCUGAUGUACGAUGCCAACAAUGCCAAUGCAGCCCUGUCCAGGUUGGGCUUCGGAGGAGGGCGUGUGACUUAUGUCAACUCCGGUAAUGACUACAACCGGCAGCAGAAGCGAAAUGAUUUCAAAAUUUUCCACGACAUCCCGAGCAGUAGUUUGCUGCUGACAAACUACGACCCGUUCUACAGUCCGCUGUUGUCGAGGUUGGAUGCGGUGUUUGCCCAGAUGGGCCUGUCCAGUAAGGAGGAACCGUGUCGGGAGAAGCUGAUCUGCCUCAUGUACGCCAAUCCGGCCAAGUACGCACCUUAUAGUAAUCUGAUAUCGGCGCAGCUGAGCAGGGAACUGAACGAACUGCGCAAACCGACCAAUGACAAUCCCGACAUUCUGCGGUUCUUCAAGUACAUGCGAGCGGCCAAGGAUGGCCAGGACGGCGUCAACUGCGAGCGAAUGCACAAGGACUGUGGCAACUAUCAUGAUCUCUCGAAUCCGGCCAUGGUGACAACAUUCAACGACAUCAACAAACUGGUUCAGGCACGAAAGCUGUAGGGUGGCAGGUAUCUGCCAUGGAUGCCAAUGCAAAGGGAUUUCAGGAACAAACGAACAAAUGAACAAGGUGGCGAGGAGAUAAACUUAGAAAAAGUAAACCUGGUGAUGCAAGCUUUCCGAACGGCUAGGCACUCCAUGGAAGGAUGUGGCGAUAAUCGAGACAGCAGCUAUCACAGCUGGAAGGGAUGAUGGAUUUUUAAGUGGAAUCCUGUCAAGGAGCGAAAUUGGAUUUACUUCCAUGUUGAAAAACUUUUAUCCUUCCAGCUUUCACAGUUUGUUAGUUUGUUCGCUAGUAGAGACUGUAGAAAGAGACACAGAGUAGCGGAUUGCCGCUUUAGGAACAAGCAACUGUAACGCUAA